AUGUAUUCGGACAACGCCACCAACUUCGUCGGGACAAACAACCUACUCAAGGAGCUACAGAUGGAGUUCUCAAAGCAGCAGGAGAAACUGCAGUUGUUCGCGUCGGAGCUGGGGAUGGAAUGGCACUUCAUCCCUCCUCGAGCCCCACAUUUCGGAGGACUGUGGGAGGCCGCGGUGAAAUCCGCAAAGCAUCUCCUCGUCCGGCAAAUGGCCAACGCGUCACUGGCGGAAAGCGAGGUCAGAGCUCAUCUGGCAGAUGUCGAGGCCAUUCUCAACUCGCGGCCUCUUACCCCACUCAGCUCCGAUCCCAACGAUGACGAGGCUCCAACGCCGGGCCAUCUUCUAAUCGGGCAAGCCAUACGUUCGCUGCCUCAAGGAUCCGUGCCAGACAGGCCCAACAAAGAGCUGACGUAUUUGCGAAGCCCGGCUUGGAGGUCGGAUGCCUCGUCCUGGUUCACGAGGACAACACACCACCUCAGCGGUGGAUAG